AUGAGUGAAAAAAUUUUAGCCAAUAAAAAAGUUCAUGCAGAUGAUGACGACGAUGAUGAUGACGAUGAUGAUGAUGAUGAUUAUUGUCCGACAAAAACUCAGAAUGAACAAUCAGAUCGAAGUGAAGAAUCAGAACAUAAUGACGAUGAUGAUGAUGAUAAUGAUAAAGAUGAUGAUACUGUCAAUGGUCAAAAUCAACAAGCAGAUAAUAAAAAACAAAAUAAUGCAAACGUAACACCAUAUGAUGAAUCAAAAACAAAUGAACUUUGGAAGAAUUUUGCAAGUAGUACGAAAUCAUCAUCGACAACAACAAAUAGUCCAAAGACGACAACAGAAAUAUCAAAAUCAACAAUACAAACUCCAAAACCAAUAACAACAAAUAAAAUACUUGAAUUCGCUGGUGAAAAGAUUUCAGUACCAGUUACACCAACAACAACGACAGAAAAUUCGUCUUUAAAACGACCAGCUUCUUCAUCAACAACAUCUAAUUCUGUACUCGAUCGUCUUGGUAUUGGUAAAAAGCAAAAAUUAUCAACAUUAGAAAAAUCUCGUCUCGAUUGGAAAACACAUAAAGAAUCAGAAUCAUUAACAGAAGAUUUGGAGUCUCAUCGACGUGGCAAAGAUUCAUAUGUUGAAAGGAAAGCUUUUCUACAACGUUCAGAACUACGUGAACAUGAUCAUUAUUUAUUUAAUACUUCAAUUGUUCUACGUUAUACAGAAAAUUUAUUUAAUGAUAAACAUCUUGAAACACAACAAGCUUCUUUCAAAACAAAAAAGUUAACUUUAGAUGGUCGCCGAAUUGAUUUAGCUAUAUGGGAUACGGCAGGACAAGAACGAUUUCAAGCACUUGGUCCUUUAUAUUAUCGUGAAGCAAAUGGUGCUAUUCUUGUAUUUGAUAUAACAGAUGAAGAUUCAUUCAAUCGAGUAAAAAGUUGGGUAAAAGAAUUAAAACGAAUGUUGGGCGAUGAUGUAGUCUUAUGUAUUGUUGGAAAUAAAACUGACCUUGAAAAAGAUCGUCAUGUAUCCAUUCAAACCGCCGAAGAAUAUGCUCGAUCGGUUAAUGCUAAACUUUACCAUACAUCAGCUAAAUUAAAUAAAGGAAUUGAAGAACUUUUUAAUGAUUUGGCUACUCGUAUGCUUGAAAAAGUACCAGCAACUUCAAAUAAUUCGAGUUCACUUCGACCAAGUGGAAUCCCCAUUCAAGCGUCUUCAACAACAGGUGAAAAUGGUCGACAGAAUACUAACUCUUGUUGCUAG